GAGCAGGGCGGAAGUGCCUGGGGCUGACGACGGAAGUGACGUCAGCGGGAAGAUGCCGGUGGCGGUGGCGGCCGAGGGCGCCGAGAGCUUCAGGAGGCUCCUGGAGCAGUGCGAGACUCGGGAGCUGGAGGCCCCUGGAGGAAUUGCAACCCCCCUUGUUUAUGGCCAGCUUCUGGCUCUGUACCUGCUGCACAACGACAUGAACAAUGCACGGUAUCUCUGGAAAAGAAUCCCUCCUGCCAUCAAAUCUGCAAAUGCUGAACUCGGUGCAAUUUGGUCAGUGGGACAGAGAAUCUGGCAGAGAGACUUCCCAGGAAUCUAUUCAACAAUCAGUGCUCAUCAGUGGUCCGAGACCAUCCAACCAAUCAUGGAAGCACUCAGAGAUGCCACCAGGAAACGAGCCUUUGCACUGGUUUCCCAGGCUUAUACAUCAAUAGUUGCAGAUGAUUUUGCAGCUUUUGUUGGACUUCCUGUGGAAGAAGCUGUGAAAGGUGUGCUGGAGCAGGGCUGGCAAGCAGACUUUGCAACUCGCAUGGUGAUGCCUAAAAAACCAGGUGUGCUGGAAGCUUCCUUGAAAAGAUUUAUUCCUUCAUCAGAAUCUGCUGCGGUCCCACCAAUUCCCAAUGAACAGCAGUUGGCCAGAUUGACUGACUACGUGGCCUUCCUUGAAAACUGAUUACCCUGCUCCUGUGUUCAGAACAGCCUGGGAAUCCUGUGUGCUGCGAGUUUUAGCAAUCUCAGAUUUAUUUUAUUCUAUAUCUGUUAAACAUUGCAAUGUCCCCUACUCAAAUGUGUGAAGUCUCUAGUGUAUGUUGGCCCAGCUCCUGUUUUGCCAAAGCCCAGCUAGCAGUAGAAAGACCCCUUUAACUCCUGUAGUAUUUAUUCAGUGGGUACACAGCAGUAUUACACAUGAAAUUUUUGUGAUAACCGAUAGCAGCGAGAGACAGAACUUUUUUCAGGUAUGUUAGAAAUGGAGAAGAAACAACUCUGGUGAGUAGUGCAGUGCUUAGCACAGAGCUAUUGCAUGUUGACCUAAAGCAUAAAGAGUGGAAGACUGCCCACCCUAUCUGCAGAGAGAAAUGAUAUUGAAUAUUGAAUACAUUUUAAUAUUACUGAAUGAAAACAAAUUUACAGUAACUCUCUGG